AUGGAUCACCACGAUCAUGAAAAAUACUACUCCGAAACGACACCAGUGGACAGCACCAGCGAUGAUUACUCGUCUUCCUUCGAUGAACAAAACCCGGACGAUGAGCAUCACCCCGACUCGUUAGAGUUAGCCCGCAUCAACACAUAUAGACUACAGCAGAAGGCUACUGUAGGGUCGACGAGACCUCCGGUCCCUCGUGAAGAAUGGCUUCCCAUGGGUGCUGGGAAGGAGUAUCCGCCUCUGUUACCAGAUCCAGAGACGUAUGUGGUCGAGUUUGACGGUGCGAAGGAUCCAAUGCAUCCGUAUAACUGGACCAUCUUGCGGAGAUCCAUCCUUGUUGCCAUCCUCUGCUAUUCCACCUUCGCCGCCUCCUUCGCCAGUGCCAUCUUCUCCGCCGCCUCGACAGGCGUGAGCAGCGAGUUCCACAUCAGCACCGAAGUCAGCACGCUGGGCGUCACCUUAUAUGUCUUAGGAUUCGCCGCCGGGCCGACCAUCUGGGCGCCGGCCUCGGAGCUCAUCGGCCGCCGCUGGCCUCUAUCAGUCGGCCUCUUCGGCUGUGGUAUCUUCACUAUCGCCUCGGCCACCGGCAAGGACGUACAAACUUUGAUGCUCGGCCGCUUCUUCGGGGGCCUGUUCGCAGCCAGCCCGAUCUCGAUUGUACCGGCCGUGUUCGCCGACCUCUUCAACAACGCGCAGCGGGGUAUCGUGAUGUCCAUCUUCUGCAUGGCUGUCUUCAUCGGGCCGUUCGCGUCGCCAUUUAUCGGCGGCUUCAUUGCCAUCAGCGACCUCGGCUGGCGCUGGACCCUCUAUCUGCCGUCCAUUAUGGUCUUCUUCGGCUUCGCCCUGGUGGUUUUGUUUCUUGACGAGACCUAUGCCCCCGUCAUCCUCGUCCGCAAAGCCGCGCUCCUCCGCCGCCAGACCCGCAACUGGGGCAUCCACGCCAAGCAGGACGAAGUCGAGGUCGACAUGGCGGAGAUGGUCCGCAACAACUUCACGCGGCCGCUGACCAUGCUGGCCACCGAGCCCAUCCUGCUGUUGAUCUCACUGUACAUUAGCUUCAUUUACGGGCUCAUCUACGCGCUCCUCGGCGCGUAUCCCGUCAUCUUCCAGGGCGUCUACGGCAUGAACGCUGGCGUCGGCGGGCUGGCGUUUGUCGGGUUGAUCCUGGGCGAGCUUAUGGGCGGCGUGUUCGUCCUCUUCCUGCAGGGUGACUAUAAACGCAAGCUGGCGGCGAAUGGGGAUGUCCCAGUCCCGGAGUGGAGGUUGCCCGCGGCGAUUGUCGGGGCUGUUGCGUUUGCCGGGGGAAUGUUCUGGCUCGGCUGGACCGGCUACACCCCGAAGAUCCACUACCUCGUUCCCAUGGCCUCCGGCGUCCUCACCGGCUUCGGCAUCUUCUGCAUCUUCCUGCAGUGCUUCAACUACAUCGUCGAUUGUUAUCCGACUUUAGCGGCUUCCACCAUCGCAGCCAACACCAUCCUCCGCUCGGCCGUCGGAUGCGCCUUCCCGCUCUUCUCCCGGCAGCUCAUGCAGAACCUCGGCGUGCAGUGGGCAGGGACCCUGCUAGGGUGCAUCGCCACGGUGCUGAUUCCGAUCCCCGUGGUGUUCAAGAUGUAUGGGCCGUGGCUGCGGGCGCGGAGUAAGUUGGCGGCGUCGCCUGUGUAUGACGUAAACAGUAGGGCCAGCUAUCAUGAUUGA